UUGAGCAAGGAGUCGUCUUUGCCAAAUCGAAUUCUGAAGGACGUAGUUCCGCUUCUUCAAGACAAAGACCCACAGGUGCGAUCCUCUGCAGCCCUUGCCUUAGGAAAACAGUCGCUGUUGCCAAAAGCGAUUCUCGAGGACAUGAUUCCGUUUCUUAGAGACGGAGAUGCGGGGGUGCGAUCCUGUACAGUCAGCGCCCUUGGGACACUAUCAUAUUUGCCAAAAGUGGUAAUCAAGAAUUUGGUUCCGCUUCUUGCUGACGAAGAUCAAGAAAUUCGGUCUUCUACCGCUAAUAUAUUAGCCACACAUUUACGGUGACACUUAUUUUCGGCAAAAGAGCUUCCGGAAGCCGUGACGCCUGACUUAGUGCCUGAGAACGCCCGCGACAAAUGCACGUUGUCAAUGAGAAACAGGUACAGUAUGCGAGUAAGAUUCAACAAGCCUUGCAUGACGGGCAGCUUGCUAUCAUUAUUGGGGCCGGCGUGUCUCUCGGUGCUACGGACCCUGCGCCACAGCGCAUCACCUCGAUUGGGCUUGUACGCAAUGGCCUAGAUUAUCUUCCGCAAAAGACCUUCGUCACAGCCGACGAUAUACACUUGAAAUUCUACCGAAGAACGGUUGAAAAAGACACUGCAAGUAUUGGGGAGGUUUCACGAGCAUUCAAAUAUCUUAAAGAUAUACUGGAACACGAAAACCAAUUCUCCGCAUGGCUGGAAUCAGUCUUCGGCAAUCUUCGUGACGAAGUGCGUCACCCGGAGAUUUUUGAAGCUCUCAGUCGAUUCCACAAACGGGGCGCAAAACUCAUGACAAGCAAUUACGACGACCUCCUAGAAAGCUUCUGCGGCCUGCAACGUGUUCGCUGGUCAAUCGCGAACCAUGUCAGAGAUUACGAGAGGGGCACUUUGGACGGGGUAUUCCAUAUCCACGGAAGCUAUCAUGACCCAGCCGAUGUUGUGUUUGACUCGAUCGAUUACUUCGAGGCAGAAACUUCGGAAAAUGUAAAGAAUCUCCUCAGUACCUACCUCGAGUACAACACUAUACUCUUCGUUGGAUGUGGGUCAGAACGCGAGGGCCCUAAUUUUAAUACCUUGUUGUCGUGGGCGAGUAACAAAAUGGCGAAUAUCCCAAACCAUCAUUAUGUUCUCCUUCGACAUGGAGACACUGUGCAGUACAAUUCACUCACUACACUAGGAUACGGCCACAGCUAUAGCGAUCUUGUGCCAUUUCUGAAUACGCUGCCGGGCGAACAAGGUUCUGGCCCUAGCCCUCUAAAUCAGCCGACCAUUGAUCAGGGGAGGUACAAAGCCGUGGAGGUCGUAAUUGCUGACGACGGAACGUUCGUAGGCGGGGAUGAAAAGACCGCGGGUGACCUUGUGGUGGAUUUGCUUGAACGUCCAAUCGAGCAGCGCUACGUACGUGUGCGCUCGAGUAUCACCCCGCAGGAAGAGCGAGAUUAUCAACUCAGAGCUCCAGACAGUUAUAUGAGGCUCCGAGAAGACCUUCGACUUUACACCGUGGCCCUCCAGUUCCUCCUCCGUGAAGGAAUCCACUAUUACCGGGCGUUCCAGGUGACAGAUUUAGACAAGGCCGUCAUUGAGUUGCGCUUUCUCGCCUUACCAGGUCUGGGAGAAUAUGAGCGUUGGUAUGUUUGGCCUGUAGAGGCUCCAAAUAGGGUGCUCAAUGUUCGAUUCCCCGCCACGACUGGAGACUUCGUGCGAAGUGGUUACUAUGGGAAAACAACGCCCCGUGUGCGUGGAAUGCCACAAGGUAGACCAAUUUGGCUUACUUAAAUUCCCCCUCACAUUGUGUGGGAGCGAGUGGCUCCAGCAGC